AUGAACGUUAUCAUUUUUCAUUCGGAAAAUAUUUAACAUAUGUUUACUUUUACGACAUUUGCAAGCGGUGUCAGUGCUAAUUGUUACUGAUGCAGUUGUUCCGUAAAUCGGUUUCAGCAUUUCGGGUACUCUUCGGCGGAAACAUACUGAGCAGAAGUCACUGUCGGAGUACUACGACCUGGCUUGACAAGAUGAGGAUACGAUUGGAACCAGCUCUUGAAGAUAAUUACAUGUAUCUACUGAUUGAUGAUGAAACAAAACAGUGUGCAGUAGUGGACCCUGUGGAACCAGAAAAGAUUCUGAAAGCAGUAAAAGAAGAGAAUGUAAAAUUAACAUGUGUACUGACAACCCACCAUCACUGGGAUCACGCUGGUGGUAAUGAAAAACUCAUUGCUCAAACUGGUAAAAUACCAGUGUACGGAGGUGAUGACAGGAUCGGAGCAUUAACUGAUAAAGUUUCCCAUAACACAGAAUUUAAGCUGGGGAACUUGAACAUAAAAUGUUUGUUUACACCGUGCCAUACAGCGGGGCAUAUCUGUUACUAUGUUACCGGAAAUAAAGCAGACCCAGCUGUCUUCACAGGUGAUACGUUAUUUAGCGGAGGUUGUGGAAGAUUUUUUGAAGGAACACCUCCACAGAUGUAUUCAGCGCUGAUUGAAAUUCUUUCUUCCUUGCCUGGUGAAACUCGAGUGUUUUGUGGGCAUGAAUACACUACUGCUAACCUGAAAUUUGCUAUACAUACUGAACCAGCUAAUGUUGAUAUACAGAAUAAGAUAAAAUCAGCUCAGAAUCUGAGAGACAAUAAUCUACCAACUAUACCGUCAACAAUUGAUGAGGAGAAGAAAAUUAAUCCUUUUAUGAGAGUUCAAUGUGAAAGUGUUAAGAAACAUUGUGGAUGUACUGACCCAAUUGAAGUGAUGGGGUACUUAAGGAAAGAAAAAGAUACCUUCAAACCAACUUGACUGUCAGAUGAAUUAUGAAUUUUUUAAUUCACCUUGUCAAUUACAAUAAAGAUAACUGCGACUUGAUGAUUAUAAAAGUACUGUUACUUAUUUGUAUCAUUAGAAAAGCUUUAUCGGGAUGCUUACAUAUUUUAUGUACAUAAAUAUUUUUACUGAGAAUUCUGUUUUUAAAAGAGUUAUUAUUUACCCCACCCAUCUUAAGGCAAAAAACUUAAUGAGGAUUCAUCCAUCUGAGAGUACAGACCCUGGAUGUGUUUCAAAGCUAUUUAUACAUGUAGUUCACCUCUAGCAAACGCUAAAUAACUUUUCUUUCUGAACAAGGUUUUUUAUUAAAGUUUGAAUGAACUGAAAUAUUUUAUUCUAUCAUAUGAUUAACUGUGUAUGAAACUUAUCACCUUAUUGAUAUGAAUUUUACUAUAAAAAUAUCACCCCUCCCUUUCAGGCCCCUUGUCACACAUGCACCUUACACUGAAAACAAUGAAGGAAGAAACAACAUGACAGUCUAUUCUGCUAUAUUGUCACAUUCUGACAUAUGAUAGAUGAAAAUGUUAAAGAUCCUGUAUGUUGUAAUUAAGGAUGAAACAACACUUAAGUGAAAUUUUAAAUCUGUUUAUGAUUAUUCUUCUAAAAUAAUUUCCAAACAUCCAAGAAUAUGUUAAAUAUGUUCUACAAACAUUUAUUCGCAUAAAUGAUUAAUUAUAUGUAAUUAUUAAAAUGUUUGCAUUAAUUUCUUAUUGUUAAAUUUAGGCUAAACUUUAUCGAAAAUAAAUUUCUAAUUACCUCCCUUUAUUUACAUGAAAUGUAAAUUCGGUAAUAUCUUUAUAAAUAAGGCUUUUUUGAACUUACAAUAAUGAUAAAUCUUAAUUUGAGUAUGCUAUUUUUGAUAUAAAACCGUAAAAAAUUGUGUUACAGGAUCUUUUACAUGGUGAACAUAUUAACGUGUAAAAAUGAUAUGUCAUUUAAAAUUAUGUGAUGAAAUAACAGCAUGAUAUAAGUUUGUGUAUAUAUAUAUAACAUGUAACUGAGUUCAGUUUCUGUAUUUUCCAGUGCUGAUUAUUGGCUUUUACAUAAACAGAAUUUUCUUGCAAGAACUUUAGCUCCAUUCCUAUGUUAUUUUCAUUGUACAAUUUUUUAUAUAUACAUGAAAAAAUCUAUCCAUUGAAAAUAAAUAGCUGUAAAUCAUGA